AUGGAAAAUAAUGUAAUUGAAUUAAUUCCUUAAUUUAUAACAAAAAAUGAUUCAGUAUCUUAUAGUUUAUAUUAAUAGAAAACACCAAGUUUAAGUAGAGUUUGUAGUAAUCAUAAAAAAGAAAUUAUUAUGAUUGACAUGGAUUCUUAAGAAAAGAACAUUGAAGAUAGAUUUGCAUGCGUUGAUUGCAUUUCUGAGAAUCCAAAUACAAAGUAUUAAACUAUAGAAAAUGUGAAUAAAUAAUGGAAGGAAUAUAACACUGAAACUGAAAGGAUUUUAAAGGAAUAUAAAAAUGAAAGCAAAGAAAAAAAAUCUGAAUUAUUUAACUAAAUAGCAUUAAUGAGGAAAAAUUACAAUAAAAAAUUGAAUGAAAUAAGUGAUAAAUUGAUUUCAGAAUAAUUCUUAAGCAUCGAUAAAAUCCAAUAAUCAAAUUAAAUAAAAAAGAUUUCUAUUUAAGCAUUAGGUGAAGAAUAAUUAUUGAAGGAUUUAAAGUAGUUAAUUGAUAAGGAAAAAGAAAAAGUAUCAUAAAGCCAAAUAAUAUCAAAUUAAAUUAAUAAAGACUCAAUUUUCAAGAAAGAAAUUCAAAAUCAUUUAGAAUCUUUGCAAUAAUAUGAUUAAUAAGAUAUUUAAACAUCAUUGGAUAUACUAAAGGAUAUUUCAAGUAUAAAUUUAUUGAAUUAAUUAUAGUUGAAAAGAGUUUAAUCAUUUAACUAACUGAAAUGAUCUAAGAAAUUUAAAAAUGUGGUUAGAAGGAUGAAAACUACAAAAACCAAAUUAAUUUUAUUAAAGAAAUUUAAGAAUUAAUUGAUUACGCUAAAAAAUAUCAAUGCUAAUUAAAUCUUUUUGAUUAGACUAUUACAGUUUAUUAAUAACAUGUUUAGAGGAUAGAAAAAAACCUUUAAAAUAUUUAACUUAAAUAAUAAGAUCAAACAAUUAAAUCAGAAUAAUUAAAGUCCUAAUAUUCUAAAUUAUAGAAUAUUUUGAAUGAAUAUGCAAAUACAUUUGAUAAUCAUAGCAUAGAAUUGAAAAAAUAUUGUAGCAUCAAAUAGUUGGAGAACGAUUUAAUAAAAUUAAAAGAAUCUAAUAAAAAUUUAGAAACUGAAAGUAUGCUAUAUCAUUUUAUAUAGAAAAUAAUUUAGUUAAUUCUAUGUAAGAGUCGUUUAAGUAGAAAUUUAAUGAGAUAAAUGAUAAAUUAGAAUAAAAGGAAUAAGAAUAUAACAAUAUGAAAGAAUAACAUGAAUAAAGAAUUUAAGAUAAUAAAAAGUAAUUUGAAUAGGAUAAGACUAUACUGAUGAAGAAAUUCGAAGAUGAAUGUAAUAAAUAUAUUUUGAUAUUAUUGUAUAGAAAAUAAAGUUAAAUAGGAAUUUAAUCAAAAUUUAAAUUUAAAAAAAUCAGAAUUACAAGAAGCAUUAACCAAACUAGAUUAAAUUAAUAAACUUAAGUUAGAAUAAGAAAAAUUAAAUAAAAUCCAAUUAGAAAAAGUAUAUUUAUAAUCAAUUUAUUAUAUUAUUUUUAGAUUCAAUUAUAUAACAAAUCAUUAUCAUUUUCAAAUACUUAUAAGCAUACUAAUUGUUAAUUAAGUGAAGGUGGAAAAGUUGUAGCAGAUACUAAUAAUAAUGGUAAUUCGUAAUAUUGUCUUUGUGAAUAAGCAAUUCCAAAGACUGGGAAAAUAUAAUUUGCAUUUUAAAUGAUAAGUGGAUCAAAUUUUAUGGUUGGAAUAGGAUUUAGAGACAUUAUGUAGAAAAAUAAUUAUUAGAGUUGUUAUUCUACUGGGUAUGGGUAUAUAUUUAUAUUAUAAUAGAACAUAUUUAAUAUCAUAUCAUGGUUAUACUUAUUCACAUCAUAACAAAGAUUUAUAUGGUAAAUAAUUAUCAUUCUAAUUUACAAAUAAUGAUAUAAUAAUAAUUGAAGUAUGUAUUGAACAUAAAUACAUUAAAUGGAGUAGAUAGAAUAAUCCAUAAUUAACAUAUAUUGUUGUAAAUAUAAUAUCGAUUAUUAGUAGUUGGAUAUAGAUACAUCAUAAGAAUUAUAUCCAUGUGUAGGUGUUUUAAAUUCUAAAAUAAAAUUAUUGGAUAAUAUACCAGUUUGA